AUGGAUGGUCACGGAGUAGACGAUAACCAAGAUCCUCUACCAGGUGCCCAAAAUAAUCCGCCACCAGGUGCCGAUAAUAUUCCGCACCCGCGAAUUAACAAUAACAGGUUGGGCCGACUAGUUAAUAAUAAUGAAGUCGACCAACAACUCAAUAAUAUCACCCGGCAUGCAAAUAUAACAGAUCAAAUGAUCACGUCCCUCGGGGAAAGUAUGACGCUACAUCAAGCGUUAAUGCAAGUCCCGACUUUUGACGGUAAAAAUAUGCCCUUACAAGCGUUUUUACAAGACGUAGAAAAUGGUCUCACAAUUGUACCAGAAAACCUCGAAAAUACUUAUUUUAACGGAGUUAAGUCCAAACUUAAGGACACAGCUAGAGACGCGAUCGCGGAUAAAACAAUUAAUACAAUGAAUACUCUUAGAGACGCGCUUAAGGAAUAUUUUGCCACCAAGAAAACGUAUCCACAAUACUGCGCGGAUAUUCAAGCUAUACGACUUAAACAAAACGAGUCAAUUCUAAGUUACUAUACCCGAAUAAAGAAAAUUCGCGCUAAUGCAGUAACCGCAUUGAACGAAAGCUUUAAUAAUGAUGUCGAGGUAACUGCGAUGAAGAAAAUGCUAGACGGUCUAGCACUCGAGUCAUUUAAACGCGGACUACCAGACGAUUUAAUAUACGGAGUAAGCGUGCAAAAUCCUGGUACUCUCGACGAUGCAUAUAAAAUCGCAUUACGGCUCGAGGAAGACCUGAGAGGUAGCUCUCAUCGUAACUCUAAUUAUUUAGCCUACGCGCAAUCCGAAUCCGCAAAUCUCGAUCUACCGCGUAGAACUCGAACUGUAAGCUUUCAGGACGAAGAACGCCGAAACACAAUACCGUUUAGAUUCGCUCGCGAAGACAAUACUAGAUCUUCUAAUUCAUAUAAUAGAUCUCCGGUUAGAGAUACAACACCACCACGUGAUAAACGCGACUAUCCUGAGCGUAGUAACUCACCUUACCGUCCGCGAAGUCGAUCACCUGGAAAUUAUUAUCCAUAUUAUCCUCCACCGGGUUAUUUCCCUCCAAUGCCAUAUAUACCUCCGAUGCCUUACCAAUACCCACCUCCUGGAGCAUAUCCACCUCCAGCACCUUAUAAUACACCAUACUACCACAAUUAUCCACCACCGGAUAAUAAUCAGAAUAACCCUACUAACAGUAAUCCUAAUUAUUAUAAUAAUCGCAACAACUAUGAUAGUAAUAAUAAUCAGAGGUAUAGCAACAAUGGUUACAAUAAUUACAACAGAAAUAAUUACGGGAAUUACAAUAAUAAUAGUAAUCCACAAAGCCAACAAAACAAUUCGAGACCAAACUCCCCUGCACCUCCUAAGGAGCUUUUAAACUCCAACGCGGUUCGACGGAACGACGCGACGCCGAACAGCGCGAACCCCACGGAAGCGCGUCCACCAACAAUCAGAUUCCUAACAGUCGAAAAUUCAUAA